GCGCUGCCCCACACUUUUUUUGCUACAGCUCGCAAGAAAACGUAGUUUUCCACGAAGUUUGCCAUACUCUCCUUACUUUUUAGAAUAACAAAAUAAACAAAUCAUUUGUGCUAGGCCCGGAGGCCACCUGCAGACCGUCGCAGAUUGGAAUCGCCGUAAGAAAGGCGCGCAGUGAGGAGGAACGCGAUAGCCCAGUCGAAAUGCCCGUGAAGAAUGGAGAAUCCGAUGGCGAAGGCGACGUUUCUGGCGGAGAGUCGGAGCACUCGAACUCCAGCCAAGCACAUGACACCUCCGACGAGGAGGAAGCCAACGAAUGCGAUUCCGAUGACUCCUCGGAACUAGAUGCCAGCGAAAUCGAACGACGGCGGGCGGAACAUACCGAGGACUUGAUGAGCCUCGAGCGGCAAUUUAACGCCCUGAGAGAGCAGUACUACUUUGAGCGCAUCAAUCUCAUUGAACGUCAGCUGGCCGAGGUGCGUUCUGGCCGUUCGGAGGAGUUCGUGCAGCCGCAAAAGGAACUGGACAAGGUCUAUCGCACCAGGAUCGAGGUGGCGGAUGUCCUGCGCAAGUACCGCCUGCAGAACAUCGAGCACAAGUUCCAAUCCGAGGAACAAGCUGCAGUCCAGCACUUUGAGAGCGAAAAGCACAUGGCGGUGGACAACCUGCGCGAGGAGCUAGUGGAGCGCAUCCGCCGCCUGGAGGAAGAUCGCCACAACGUGGACAUCUCAUGGGCCGACUGGGGCACCGACAAGCGGCAGAGCAAGGUGCGCGGACCGGGUCGGAAGAAGGCCGUCACAGUCACCGGGCCGUAUGUGGUGUAUAUGCUGCGCGAGGAAGACAUCAUGGAGGACUGGACGAUCAUCCGCAAGGCCCUCAAGCGAUCCUCCUCGUCGGCCACCGCCGGAACAGUCACGCCCACGUCCGGUGUGGGCGUCAGUCUGGCCGGACUGCCGGCGAUGGCCGGGGCCAGUGGAUAGCGGUGGGGCGUGGCAGCUGCCUACGCCCGCCUGACGCGUACCUGACGGCCGCGGCCGAGGAAGCAGCAGUCGUAGACGUAGAGCAGAGCUCCCCAGAGCCCGAAACAGACUUAUUAUACGUGCUAAGUUCGCCCCUCCUCCUACUCCUUCCUCUAGAUUUUAGUCGUAGAGCCUUGCGCACCACUCUCAGAAUAAAAAUUCCCCAUCCAGACGAUGUAAUUUAUGCUAAACGUUAAGUGCUAAAUAAAAGCGAACUGCAGCCAAGUGGGUGUGCGGUCAACAGAAAUCAA